GAAUCUCUAUGGCGGAGUGUUAACGGUGAACCAGAAUUAGCGAGGUUCUUUCAAACUUACAUGACUGCCAUUGAAGAUUCCAUCUUCUUGAGAGAUUUUAUGGGGACUGAUUAGGGAUAUAUGGGGUGGUGAUGAGUAAUCGUCUCGUUGUUUGGCCUCCUUGGACACGAUACCAGGUAUCUUCCGGAAGAAGGAGAAGGGUGUCGGGGUUGGAUCACGAGAAGUACUAGGAAAGUGUGCCGGAGUCGCUGAGCAGGUGAAUCACGUCCCGACCAACUUGAAACUCCAGGGACCCUCCCCAGAAAGGAUUAUCCUUUCUACUCUUCAUUUCCCUAUGUCAAUGUUCGUUCAGUAUCAUUGCAGGUGCCGCCAUCGACAUCUUUCUGAUUGGGAAGAAAAACUCCAGUGCUGCCUGACCCAUACCCUAUGGGUUUUAAAGGCUCUGUUACCGUACAGUGUUGUACAACUCUCACAAUACCCGCCUGUGAUAUGAGGUCUCAACCAUGACACCAAUAAUGGUUGAUCCGCGGACAUUCUCUCGGAGAAACUGAUGUAUGGUCACCAUACAAUAUUAGUCGAACAGAUCUGUUUUUGCAAUGGGAACGAGGAUUGAAACGUUGAGCCCUCACGGGUCGCCAUAUCCUGUUCACCGACUCUCACAGCCCAACUGAAAAUGCCGGGCAACCGAUACCUAGUCAUGUCAAAAUCGUCCUGUGCCUGGGACCAGUCUGCUUCCAAUCAUUCCCAGAUUGCCUGCCUUUGCGUACCUCCAGUUUCCUGAAUUGCUUUUUUCCCUUGAGAAAGGAGGAGGAGAAAGCUACUAUUACGCUGCCUUCACUGCCAACGUCUCAUCGUGUCUUUCGUCUUGUUGUCUGCACUGUAUGUCUUCGCCGAAGCCAGCGUGGUGGAAAGCGAGUACGUGCUACCAGAUAUGGCCCGCUUCGUACAAAGACAGCAACGGUGACGGACUUGGUGAUAUAAGCGGAAUCAUCAGCACGUUACCAUACCUGAAAGAUCUAGGAGUCGAUACAAUAUGGCUUUCUCCAAUGUACGAUGCACCGCAGAAGGACAUGGGCUACGACAUAUCCAACUACGAAGCAGUCUAUCCGGCUUAUGGCACCCUUGCCGAUAUGGACAGACUAAUCAAGGAAUGCCACGACCAGGGCAUGAGACUGAUUCUGGAUCUGGUCGUGAAUCACACCAGCGACCAGCACAUGUGGUUCCUUGAAUCUCGAAAGGACCGGACCAACCACUAUGCUAAUUGGUACAUUUGGCGGGAUCCCAAGAUAAUCGAUGGUCAGCGCCACCCGCCCAACAACUGGAGAUCCAUCUUUGGAGGCAGUGCCUGGGAAUACUGUUCGCAACGGGACCAGUACUAUCUCCACCUUUUUGCCCGAGAGCAACCCGACCUCAAUUGGGAGCACGAAGCAACUCGACGCGGGAUCUACAAGUCGGCCAUGGAAUUCUGGCUCGACAGGGGCGUCGAUGGGUUUCGCGUCGACACCGUCAACCUGUACUCGAAAGACAUCUCAUUUCCAGAUGCAACAAUCCAACUUCCGGGAGAAGAGUCCCAGCCCGCAUUUCAGUACUUCCUUAAUGGUCCACGAAUGCAUGAAUGGCUGAAAGAGCAAAGGGAGCAAGUGCUUGACAAGUACGGAGAUGUACUCAUGGUGGGUGAGCUUCCAGACACCGAAGCGGCCGAAGUGCUCCGGUAUGUGUCGGCCGAGGCACGGGAGCUGAGUUGCGUGUUCGACUUCGACAUUGUCAAUCUAGGCACCAACAAGCACGGGGGUGCGAAGAAGCACCAUACAACGCGGCAUACGCUACCAGAAUUCAAAGAGGCCAUCCGAAAGGUGCAGGACUUGAUUCGAGGCACGGACGCCUGGACGACGGUGUUCCUCGAAAACCACGACCAAGGCCGUAGCCUGUCACGUUUUGCGACAGACAAGCCCGAGUUUCGUGAGCAGGCGUGCAAGAUGCUCGCCGUAUUGAUGUGCUGUCUCACGGGGACACUGUUCAUCUAUCAGGGUCAGGAGAUUGGCAUGUACAACCACCCCGGGCACUGGACGGCUGAGGAACUGCGGGAUAUCGACUCGCUAAACGCAUACAACGAUGUGGCAGUCCGCCACAACAACGAUCCGCUGUGGUUGAAGAAGGCAAUGAAGGGUCUGCAACUCGUCGGUCGCGACAACGCCCGCUUGCCUGUGCAAUGGGACUCGUCGCCUAACGCGGGCUUCACCACUGGCAAGCCUUGGAUUCGGGUUCACGACGAUUAUGAGCAAGUCAACGUUGCCGCGCAGCUGGCGGACCCAUCCUCGCCGCUGAACUUCUGGAAGAAGAUGAUCCGUCUGCGACGUGACUAUGCAGACAUCAUGGUCUUUGGGGAGGAUUUCACCGUGUGGGACUACUUUGACCAAGACGUCUUCACCUUCACCAAAACAGACGUCAAGGCUGGCCAAAAGAUUCUGGUCUUUUUGAGCUUCUCCGACGAGCUGCAACCUCUCCAUUAUCCUACUGGGUUGGAACACGUCCAUAAGGAGCUCCUGGUCAGCAAUGUGGACAAGCCUGGUCAGUAUCUAAGCCCCUGGGAAGCCAGAGCGUAUUUGAUUAGAGAGUGCGUCCUGAAUGGACACUGAUUGAUCAGCUUGAGGUAAGCGAGAAUUGGAUGGUUUCAGAAGAAGCUGGAGAGAAAUCGUGUUACAUUAGAUUUCAAGUUUCAUGCCUUUUGGGUAUAAAUACAUAAUAUACAACGUCUGGUUCCCA